GAAUUUCUGGGAAGGGAGUACCUUUACAGCCAGACUGGCAAAACACUGACUCCAGUGCUCCAGAACCCAGAGGAGGAAGACAGGCUGGAGGAAGUCGAUGACCAGGACCUGCAAGAUGAGGGAUUUGAGGAAGAGAUCAUGGAGGACAUCACAGUUCCAGUGCUGUAUGAGGAUGACCCCUGCCGCGAUCUCAAAAACAGCCCCUCAUCUUUGCCUCUGCCUCAGUCCCCAGCAUCACUGGCUGAGCCAUCCACAUCAACUGGUGGAGAACAACAUCUUGCUCCUGCCCGUUCAGUGCUGUCACAGCCAUCUGAUACUGGAAGCAGUGUCUCCGACGAGGCUCAGGGAGCAGUCAUUGGACCCGAUGGCAUCGCUGGGUGGGACAAGGGUUGAGGAUUUGGCUGGUUACCUGGUGGGUCUUCGUGAGGCUCCUUACCUCACUGAUCUGUAGUUGACAGGUCAGCGGUCUGGAGUCACACCGGGUGUGGAGAGUGUGAAACGGUGUCUGAUUGGACAUCCUGGGGGUCCAGCACAGUAGCGCAGCACCAGCCGCUUGGUUGAGGCCAUUUGUAUGAAGCUGUGUGCUUUACACAAGUCACCGACCAAGAAGGCUGGAGUUUGCACCCCCAGGUGGUCUAAAAUCCUCUCAGAUUACCACCACAUCCGAGAGUUGGUGCUUAACAGUUGCAGGCUGCUGGAUGAAACAAUGAUCCAGCUGUUUGAGCUAAACCAGAGGACACUCAUUCAGUGGUUUCAACGGCGGCAGAAGAAUCAGGAAAUGAGUGUCCUCGCUCAGGGACUGACUCCACCUGACCCAAUUGCUGUGGCUGAUAUGCAGCUUCCUCCGCCGAGGGAAAAUUUGAAUGAAGCGCCCUCGACAUCAAGCCCAAAGCAUCAAUUCAUCCUUCUGCCAAAUCGAGAAGGACAGGCUCCUCUUCUGCGACCAGGUCGACAGCCUGCUGCUGUCACCAGGGAGUGCCCCAUCACACCUGCCCCCACAGCAUCAGGAGAUGUGCAGCCCAUUUCAGCACCUGGGUCAUUGUUAGGCACGCUAGUCCUUAACCCAGACAUGACUGUGUCAAUGGUCAUUCCAUCUUCUGGUGCUUCGACAUCCGGUGCAGGCCCUGCUCCACCUGCUUCUGUGUCUGCUCCUGCAUCUGCUGCUCCUUUGUCCCGUUACACCCAGAGGAACAGGCGCCGGCGGUCCCUGGAGAAGGAAAGCGGAGUCCAUAAGAGGAAGCAUGUGCAAAUGUGGGGCAGCCUAAAACUAAAGACUUUGGCCAUAGCCGAUAUGGCAAUGCCACGUUUUGCUUGCGUUCUUCAAAUGGGAAAUCUUUAGAUGACUGUUUGGCAGAACAGCGCCAGCAAAAUAAACUCCACCUCAUCUUUCAUCUUUCCUGUAUAUAUUUCAUGGGCCCACACGUUCAUAUUCUUCUGUAUGUGUGUGUGUGUGUGUGU